AUGGCGCCGAUUGAGCCGUCCCCGACGGCGCCGGCCGAAGCGGCCAUCCGCGACACGAUCCAGUCGCUGUACAACGUGAUGCUGCACACGAGCGCGUAUGACGCGGCCGGUCCGCAGACGACGCUGGACGCGCUGGUAGCCGAGGUGCAGGUGCUGUCGCGAGCGCUGCAGUCGGCCGCAGCCGCGAGCAGCACCACGACCUCGACCACGACCACGACCACGACCGCCCUGCCGUCCGUUCCCCGCGACCUGGUGCAGUACGUCGAGGCUGGCCGGAACCCCGACAUCUACACGCGCGAGUUUGUCGAGCUCGUCCGCCGGACGAACCAGCUGCGCGCCGGCAAGCGCGCCGCCUUUGCGCAGUUCCGCGACGUGCUGGCCGGCCAGAUCCGAUCGGCCCUGCCGGAGCUGCAGCCAGACGUCGACCGGGUCGUCGAGAGCACCGGCGGCGGCCGAGGGACAGCGAAGACAUCGGAACACGAGCCGGGACAGGAGUCGGGACAGGAACCCGGACGAAAUGCAGUCUCCGUGCCCACGACGACAACCAACACGUCAGCUUCGACUUCCACGCCCUCCACGGCUCCUGCUCUUGCUUCUUCUUUUGCUCCCUCCUCCCACUCGGCUCCCACAUCGGCUCCCGCUCACACCGUCUCCCUGACCAACCGCUCCAUGUCCGCCUCCGCUUCUGCCUCGGCUUCCGCUUCCGCCUCCGCCUCACCCCCUCUCGGCCUCACCGGCGGCACGCCCGGCUCCGAUGCCGGCGGCAGCACCAUCGACAUGCUCGGAAUGCUGCCCGGAACGCCGCAGACCAACACCGCUCUCCCGCCCACCUCCAACACCGCUGCUGCCCCAACGUCAGCCGCCGCCGGCAGGCCAGACGGCAACGCGAUGCAGACCACCUGA